AUGUCACCAACACCUACUGAAAUGAGCAUUUACGACGCCGCUUCUGUUCAAGGUCCCGGGAGUGUUUCUCGCGUUUUCAGUCCUACAAGACAUCCAAAUUCUUACGUAGAGCCGCCACGAGCUUUAGAGUGGAUGCCAUCUUUUCAAAGCGUCAUAAAUAACUAUUCAUCAGCUUCUGACAGCACGUCCCAUCUUUUCUCUUCUGAUUUUCACCUUGCGCCAGACUGUUCACAACUUACUGACAGACAUCUACCUCAAACCCGAUCCCUCACUUUUCCUAAUUAG